AUGAGUGCCCACGAGUUUAAAGUCUUCAGAGGAACCCCUUCGGGGGAUAUCGUCGAGACCGUCACCCAGGUACCGGCCCUCGUCAAAGAUCAAGUGUUGAUCUUAGUCACACAUUCGGGAGUCUGUGGUACCGAUGAGCACUAUCUUCGAUCGGGAAUUGCUUUGGGCCAUGAGGGAGCGGGCAUCGUCAAGGAGCUCGGCCCUGACACCAAAAAAUUGAAGAUCGGAGACAGGGUGGGCUGGGGCUACGUGAAUGGGGGCUGCGGCAAUUGCCCCUCUUGUCUUAACGGAUUCCACAUCCGAUGCGAAAGCCCAAAUCCUCAAGUUUAUGGCCAAGACUUCCUUGACUCAGGAAGCUUCGCCACAAGCGCAGUUCGUUCCGAAGCCUUCUUGCAUGUUAUCCCUGAAGGCCUUUCAUCCGCCUCGGCAGCCCCCCUGAUGUGCGGCGGUUUCACUGUCUGGUCCGCUCUGACGCUUCACGGUGUCAAACCUAGUGAUACAGUCGGGAUAGUUGGCGUCGGUGGGCUCGGACAUCUUGCUAUCCAAUUCGCAAAGGCAAUGGGGUGCGAAGUUGUGGUCUUCAGUACAACUGAUUCCAAAAAGGAUCAGGCAAUGGAACUAGGGGCAUCCCACUUCGUGUCCACUAAAGGCAAGUCGGAGCUAAUCGUUUCGAAGAAACUGAAUCAUCUUCUUGUCACCACUUCACAGAGCCCGGAUUGGGAUCUCUUCAUCCCGAUCAUGGCAGCUGGUGCUACGAUUUUCCCUAUGACGGCGACCGAUUUCGAAACCAAGUUGACCAUCUCGUACAUGAAGUUCUUGGUCAAGGGAAUGCGUCUUAUUUCUGCUAUGCCGACGACAGCAUCGUACGGGCUGAUGUUGGAAUUCGCGGCAAGAAACGGCAUCAGUCCUGUUAUUGAUCGGGAUGAGUUGACCGCUGACGGCAUUGUCAGGAGCAUGGAGAAGUUGAGAAUGGGAAGAACUCGAUAUCGCGGAGUGCUGUACGGUGUGGAAGAAGAUUGA